GCAGGUGGAGCCUGGAACUGAAUGAAAUAAUGUGACAAAACGAAAGUUUAAAAUAGCUUCGCCGUUGUGUAUGAUGGCGGCGUGCAGAUCGUUAAGAUCUUUUUGACGGAAAAAAUGAGCAGGCCUACAGCGAGUAACGUUCAUUUCCUGCAUAGAGUUUUUACUUCUCCCUAACCUCAGUUUACAAGACAUAUGGCUUCCUCCAGCAGUGCUCUGUCUGAAGAGCAGCUACAGUGCUCCAUCUGUCUGGAAGUGUUCACUGAUCCCGUCUCCACUCCAUGUGGACACAACUUCUGCAGGGAUUGCCUCAAGAAAUGCUGGGACUGCACUCAGUAUUAUAGUUGUCCGAUGUGCAAGGAGACUUUCAAAAAACGACCGGAGCUCAGAGUCAACACAACAUUCAGAGAGUUCGUGGAUCACUUUAAGAAGCGCUGUAAUGAUGGAGAGCAUAUAGUGCGCUGUGAUGUGUGUACGGGGAAGUGCAAAAGAGCAGUGAAGUCUUGUCUGAACUGUGAAACGUCGUUUUGUGAAACUCAUCUGGAAUCCCAUGAAACUGCACCAAAACUUAGGGAGCACACACUCAUUGACCCUGUGGAGAAUCUUGAGGACUACAUAUGUCAGAAUCAUAAAAGACCUUUGGAUCAGUUCUGUAGAAGUGAUCAGGUGUGUGUGUGCCAUUUCUGCGCCCAGGGAGACCACAAAAGCCAUGAAAUCGUUCCUCUAGAAGAGGAGAGUGGAGUUAAAAUGGCUGAGAUCAGGAAAACUCAGGCGAACAUACAUCUAAUGAUAAAGGAUAAACAAGAAAAAAAUGAAGAGAUCAAAGGUUUGAUGGAGUACAAGAAGAGAAACACUGAGAAAGAGCAGACAGAAAGUGAGGCGCUUUUCGCGGCAUUGGUGAGCUCCAUUAAGAAAAGCAAGGAGGAACUUCUUGAAGUGAUGGAGGAGGACAGGAAAGCGGCUGAAGGGCGAGCUAGAGCUCUUACUAAAGAGCUGAAGAAGGACAUCGCAGAGUUAAAGUCAAGAGAUGCUGAACUGGAGCAGAUCUUACAUACUGAUGAUCAUCUCCACAUCCUGCAGGCCAAGCAGUCCCUUUUUAGACCUCCACAGCACAAUACCCUGCCUGUAUUUAACUGUAACACACAUCUAGAUACAGAGACGCUGAAGAAGACACUGUCACAAUGUCAGGAAUCAUUCCGUAAUCAAAUGGAGGAGCUUCCUAUCAUAAAACUUAAGAGAAUUCAGAAAUAUGCAGUGGAUGUGACUUUAAACCCCACCACAGCCCAUCCAACUAUCAUUUUGUCAGAAGAUCGGAAACAAGUGUGGUGCAGAGGAGAAGAGCAGAAUGUUCCAGACAAUGAGGAAAGAUUCAGUUUACGUGUUAGUGUUCUCGGAGAGGAGGGAUUCUCCAAAGGGAAAUUUUACUUUGAGGUGCAAGUCAUGGGGAAAACAGACUGGGAUAUAGGGGUGGCUAAAGAGUCUAUAAAAAGGAAAGGGCUUAUCUCACUGAGCCCAAAUAAUGGAUACUGGAUUUUGUGGCAUAGGAAUAGUGAUGAGUAUCAUGUUGUACAGGAUACUCUCCCUGUACAGCUUGAUCUAAAGGUGAAGCCCCAGAAGGUUGGAGUAUUUGUGGAUUAUGAGGAAGGUUUUGUCUCCUUCUAUGAUGUAAAUGCCAGAUCUCACAUCUACUCUUAUAGUGGUCAGACCUUCACUGAGAAACUCUACCCGUAUGCUUGUCCAUGUUUACAUCUUUUGGGUAAAAAUGCAGACCCACUGGUCUUCACUUCUGUUUGAACGUUAUGAAUAAAAGGAAAUGAUUAACAUUUUAGAUGUGAAGGCUGAGAGAAUCAUCUGAAAAUAUUGAAAUGUCUGUAAAUAAAUGUAUACAGAGGUUUAAAAUAUAUACAGUAUAUAUAUAUGCCUAUAUAUUAUAUAAGUAAAAUCUCGUCCGCUUCUCUUCCCUUAUAAAAUAAACUUUCCACUAGUGCUAGUGAUGCUGUUGUACUAGCCUAUUCAGAGAAUGUUCCCGUUUGUUAAUUGCUCCAUGGCUCCCCCUGGUGCUCAAAUAGUAGCAGGCGGAAAUAAAAUAUAUUUCUUAUGCAUUUCUGUAAUGUUCUUGCUAUAUUAUGCUUUUUUACACAUUAUGCUUUUUAAUGAAUUGGUAACACGCAACUACACAAUUACUUACUGAAGCCAUAAAAGUACACACAGAGCCAAAUUAAUAGUGGGAUUCUCAAAUGCGUCUCCUGUGACCUCGCUCACCCUUCAGCCUUGAGAUUUUAUUUCUCCUCUGUUUUGAUGUUCUGGUUUUUCGUUUAGUUUAGAGAUUAAUGUAUUUGAAUAAUGUUAACUUUAUUAUGGGGUUAACACUGAGGUUUAGCAUGUAAAUUUAUCCAUGUCAAACAAAGUCAGUGAUUAGACUACCGAAUUUAAGUUAGAAAAACAUUUAUUCCUGCAUCUUUCUCUUUAUUUACACACGCAAACAAACAAAUUAAUGUAGCCUACCCUUAAUUGGGUGUCAGCUGGAGAAAUUCACCUGCCGCACGUGGGAAGCCAAUGUGUUUGCAGUUGGGUUGGAAGUUUUGACCAGGUUAUUCAUCUAUUAAACUGCUGUUUUCAAAGAAAUUGAGACAUUUCCUGAUUAAACUCUAUUGGUAGCCUAUAUCUGACUUACAGCUAAUGAACCUGCAAAUCACCACAAUAUCUGUCCUCAAUAUACAAUUAUUCCUUUUUUUAAUCCACUUUCUCUGUAAUGAACUUUUCUUGCAUUCACUUUGAGCUGCCACAGGCAAGGGUUUGCGCUAUGCAACUUUACAAUUUUAUUUUUUUUCUUUGAUGCAAACAAAGCUUUUCAGUUAGAUCGUAAGGGCUUUAUGUAUGGAGACUAUGCUUAGUGUUUCCUUGCUGCUUGGCGUUUUGUACUUAAUUCAAGAACUGAAGAUGCCGUGACCCCAUGCUUGUGAAUUACCCAGUAAUAUUGUUGUAUUAGUUCGUCAGCAUGUACAGUAUGUUUGUCAUUUGUUAGGUCACAUAAAUGCAUGUGGUCCAUUAAAGAAAGGGCUGUAUUACACACCACAUCCCUCAUAGCCUCAGUUUCCCUCAGGCAAUUUUAACAUUAAACUUAACCAAAUGUAACAGUGCAGCAAGACCACAGUAACAAUUAUGAAGGACAUAGUCCAAAUGUCACUCCAUUGCUGAAAAAAAUGUUGCAGCAAUGCUUGUGGACAAUACAUCAUCAUCUCUCACUCGCGCCCCUCUCCCUCUCUCUCACACACCCACAUGGUGGGUGUCUAUAGUAAAUGCAUUUUUAUAUUCUGCCUAAUGGCCAUUUGGGGGAGAGGUGUUGUAAAGUGCCUGAGUGUCUAAUAGUGCAUCUCAUUUGCAGUAAAGCAUGUUUGUCCAGCUAAACUCUCAAUCAUCAUCAUCUUUGUCUUUAGGGUAAUAGCCAGAGGGUAAUAGCCAGACAUGUGGGUGACUGAUCAAUGAGAAUAGAUUUGUAUUGAUUGCUGUUGGCGUACUCCACACAUGCACUUUGGCUUUUGAUCCUGCCUUCCAGUUGUGUUCCGUCAAUCUUUAUAUUUAAAUAUCUAUUUUAGGAUGUACUGUAACGUGUGAGAGAAACUUCUGUCUGUUGUCCCUCCAUAAAGAUAUACUGCUAAAAUAAUAAUAUUAAGUGAAAUAGAGAAUAGUCUCUAGGAAGGGUUUGGUAAGGAGCUCGGCAGGAAGCCUAACAAAAUACCGUCCUUAGUGAACAGGAAGUGAGGGAACAUUUUAUUCUGAAGACAGGGGUUCGUUCAGCGGUUGUGGGUGUUUCUUUUAAUCAUAGCAUGGUGUUCUGUCUGUUGCUCUAUUCCUGACCUCAGCUCAACUGUAGUAAAUGGAAGGCUGUAGGCAAAUGAGUGCCAAGUGAGUGUGAUCUAUUUCUGUGUCGCUCCGCUUGUUCAGCAUUGUUACGUGGCCCAAAGCAUGAUAGGAUGGAAACUCUAAUGUGAUUAGCUCAGGAGCUACUUGUGGUGAAGCAGCUAAAUACAGAUAUACAAAGGUACUUGCACAAUAUGCUUCAUCAUUUCAUCAAGUAGUAUAUUUAUUUUUAUUUAAUAAAAAAUGAUUUUACUAACCCAUCA